AAAUGAGUCAGGCACGCUGACAGGAUUUGGGGGGGGGGGCUGAUUAACGUGAAACCCCGGCUGGUUUGCGCCGUGUGGCUGCGUUCGUUACGGCAGCGGGAAACGAAGGUUCAAUCAAAUGUGCUCAGAGAUCAGAGAUGACCAAGACUUAUGCCAAGCCCAAAGAGAUGGCGGAGCUUGUGAGCACCCAAGCCUGGAUGGAUGAAACGUUGAGCUCCAAAGAUGAACUGAAGGAGGAGGACGGAAGGCAAGGUCCUUUUGGAAUGAUGUCUGGCUUGAAUGAGGAGCACGACAGCAUCGAGGAAGAAGAGGAAGAAGAGGAGGAUGGGGAAAAGCCGAAGAGAAGAGGACCAAAGAAGAAGAAAAUGACCAAGGCGAGGCUGGAGCGGUUCAGGGCCCGGCGGGUGAAGGCCAACGCCCGGGAGCGCACGCGGAUGCACGGCCUGAAUGAUGCUCUCGACAACCUACGGAGGGUGAUGCCCUGCUACUCCAAGACUCAGAAAUUGUCCAAGAUUGAGACACUGAGGCUCGCGAGGAACUACAUCUGGGCUCUGUCUGAGGUGCUCGAGACGGGGCAGACUCCCGAAGGGAAGAGCUUCGUGGAGAUGCUCUGCAAGGGCUUGUCCCAGCCCACCAGCAACCUGGUGGCCGGGUGUCUGCAGCUGGGACCUCAGACCUUGUUCCUGGAGAAGCACGAAGAAAAGUCCCCGGUGUGUGAAUCGGCCAUAUCCAGCCACUCCUUCAGCUACCAGUCCCCGGGGCUCCCCAGCCCGCCCUACGGGACCAUGGAAACACAUCUGCUGCAUUUAAAGCCUCCGACCUUCAAGAGCUUGGUGGAUGCUUCCUUUGGAAACCACCCCUCUGACUGCACCACUCCCCCCUACGAGGGUCCCCUGACGCCACCCCUGAGCAUCAGCGGGAACUUCUCCUUGAAGCAGGAUGGGUCUCCAGACCUGGAUAAAUCCUACCCCUUCAUGGCCCACUAUCCCUCAGUCAGCCUGGCUGGAGCACACGGACAUGCCUCUCACUUCCAAAACACGGUGCCCCGCUACGAGAUCCCCAUAGACAUGAGCUAUGAGUCCUACCCACACCACGUGGCCGGGCCUCAGCUCAACGCCAUCUUCAACGAGUAGCAAAGCAGAGUUAGACCCAAACUCUUGACGCGGAGAAGAAGUUCAGCUGCGCCGCGGAGCUGUUUCUAGAACGGACACAACUGGAGCGAUAUCGUCGCUACGGGGUGAGGGACUUCUGAGCAUCUCUGCAGGACAUCGCUGUGGGAGGGCCCUCCGGUCCCCUCCCAGCGGGUCUGCACUGGUGCCACCUUGCCGAUUCCCGAGCUGUCCCCAGGAGCCACACGGACCCUUCCCGACGGCUGAACUCUAAGCAGCCACCGCCGAAAGCUGAGCCGUUGCCUCCCGCUCCCCGUGUCCCAGAGAUGCUCCGGGAGGUGGCUUCACCCUGCAGGACUUUCUUCCUGAACACCCUCCAGGACUUUCUUCCUGAACACCCUCCAGCACGUGGGAUCGUCCCUUGCCAAGGCGCGACGGUUCCUUUUCCUCCCUCCUUGGGGCCGUGGGGUGUGGGCACACCCCUGUCUCUCAUCAAGUGGAGACAAACCCCUCCUGCCCCUCGGGAUGACCAGUUCCCCUCCCGCUGGCUCUGACGGGAUGACGCUUUUCCCAGUCCAGCCGUGCCCAGGCGGUGGGAAUGAUCUGGACCACUUGCAGAAGACCAACGCGGUUUCUCCUCCCUGAAGCUUCCCACCCAACGGGAGAAUCUUAUCCUCAGGGUGGGCACGGUCCGGCCGGGCUCGGAGCUUCUCCGUGACGGUCCCUCCACCGCUCUCCGUGCUGAGCCCUCCUGCCCGUCCUCUUCUGAGCCUCAGACCUCACCCACAACCCGCAACCAGCAUGAGAUUAGAAGCACACGGACCUUGAAACCUCGUUAAGGGACUGUUGGUCCUUCAGAGCACAAAACAUCCCGGCUGGAAGAGGAGCUCUCAGCUGAACCCUCGCUCCUGACUAGGGCCACGUCUUACGGUUCGUAGCGUCAUUUAUCACGAUCCGUGUCCCGAGCACGUCCUGCCAAAAGAAGUGUGUCUUAAUUUCCUGUUUUAUUUAUUAUUUACUUUGUGUGUGCGUGUGUGUGUGUGUGGGUAGGGGGGGGUGGUGUGUGUCUAAUUUAUUUCCUUCCAUUUUACAUGAAAUACGGAAUGUGCUAAAUAACCUCCUCAUUUUCCAGUUGACUUCCAAGUGCUUAGUUGGAGUUAGCUUUCGUGGAGACGUGUGGUUUUUGCAGUGCCGUUGCUCCAGGAUUAUUUAUUAGCCAUUAUUUAUUUAAUUUAUUUUCUUCCUGCCCUCACAGUCUGUUUUCCGGUGAUGAAAGCAAGUAUUUAACCAAGGGGUUGCAUAUUUCAUGUUGAACUCCGUAUUUAACAUGGUCAUUUCUCAGAUUUUGGAGGCUGAUCGUGCCCGGCAGCUCCCAACUCAUCCCUUGUAUUUCUAUAUGAGCAAUAACUGUUAAAGGCUAUGCAACUAUUUUUGUUUUCAAGAAAAUCCAAGCAACUAUUUUUGAUGUCCCACUGGCCUCGCGAGCCCGGCUGGCCAAACCUCCCUGUUUUGUGUUUUGUAUAGAGUUGGGAAUUUGGAGAUGACUUGAGCUCCGGAGGUCCCUGCCCAGCCCCUGGUUCCCGAGGCUUCUUCCCUUUUGUACUGAGAGCAAAUGUUUAUCCUUUUGUAAAGAAAGCAGAAUCGGGGUUUUAGCUGAAAUAAAGUUGUGAUCUUGUUUCAAGCA